AAACACGAACUCGUGUUUCUCAAACAACACAGAAUUUUCAUCAUCAAUGAAAAAGUGAACGACUUGUAUAGAUAAAAGAAAUACUGUUACAUCUCAUUGGGACACAUUUAAAUAUGGAUUGAUUACAACGUGUGGCUGUCGAAGAUUGGAAAAAGUAGGUACAGUCUUACAAAAUGAGCAGUUCUAUGAUGGAGAUAACCUUCCUUGGGACAGGGUCGGCUUACCCCUCCCCUUCCCGUGGAGCUUCAUGUGUCAUCCUCAAAAUGGAUGAGGGAUCCUGGAUGUUUGACUGUGGGGAGGGAUCUCAGAUACAGCUACAAAAGAGUAAGGUCAAGGCCGGAAAAGUCAACAAAAUAUUUAUUUCUCAUCUCCAUGGCGAUCAUAUGUUUGGGUUACCGGGGUUACUGUGUACUAUCAGUGGAAAUAACCAAAGGUCAGAACCACUAGAAAUCUAUGGACCAGUUGGACUACGCAAGUUUAUAAGAACCAGUUUAGAACUUUCACGGACCAUACUUGGUUUUUCAUACAUCGUUCAUGAAAUGAAAGUUUUACCAUGUCAGAUACCCAGUGAAAUUCAGAAAUGGAAAGUUGAAGAGUCUUGUGACUCCUCUAGCCUUCACCCAAAUGAAAGAAAAGGUCGACUGAUACAGGCAGACGAGGAUAAUGUCUGGACACUGUUUUCUACUGACAAAAUCUCAGUGAAGGCUGUCUUUCUCCAACACAGAAUUCCCUCCUUUGGUUUCUGUGUACAGGAAGCCUCCUCGCCUGGAAAGCUUGAUAUAUCCAGACUUACAUUACAAGGGGUCAAGCCUGGUCCAUGGUGUAAAGAAGUCAAAGAAGGAAAAGUGGUCACUCUGCCUGAUGGAAGAAAGAUAGAUCCAGCUGAUGUGGUGGGGCCCCCCAAGCCCGGCCGUAAGGUGAUCAUUCUGGGGGACACCUGUAACUCCUCCGAGGUCUACACUGUGGGGAGGGACGCCGACGUUAUCGUCCACGAAGCCACUCUACAGAACUCUCUAAAGGACAUGGCACUGGAAAAGGGUCAUUCCACUCCUGAAAUGGCAGCGGAGGUGGCAAAGGACCUUAAUGCCAGGUUACUGGUUUUGACCCACUUCAGUCAGAGGUACAUGCCUGUGUCAGAGGAAUAUGAGGAGGAAGAAUCUGUGUCUAUUUUGCUUAAAGAGGCAGAGGAGAUCAUGGGAACAGAGCGUGUGAUAGCAGCCGAAGAUUUCCUCUCCAUUACUGUACCAAUACGUCAGUCCCCACCCAAGGAUAAUGCAGAGAAUGGGGUGUCUAACCUAGCUUUAUUUAAACAGUCCUCAGCCCUCAAAAGAGAUCAUGCUGAAAAUCUAGAAAAUGAAAAGAACUUUCUGAAAGAAAAUGGAAAAGAAUGUGAAAGAACUUAUACAGAGGAAACAAGGGUUAAAAGAUUAAAAAUAGAAGAAACCACGAAGUGAUUUUAGUGCAUAUAUUGUUUGUUUGUAUCCGUUGACAUGACUACAAAUAAUAAUAUUGUUUAAGAAAAUGUACAAGACUUUGUUAAAAAUCAGAUUGCUGAACUGUUAAAUUUCAACAUUUGUCAUUAUACAAAUAAGAAUUUACAUGUCCAUUCUUAAAAUAAACUACUGUUACAUUGUAAGUUGACAAAUAUAUAAGUUAAUUGAUGGGUCUAUGAUUGUCAACAAGUAUCCGAGUAUGCAAAGGCUAUCAAUUCAAUUUUUUUACUUACUACUCCUUAAAAUGUGCUAUUCAAU